GCCGCGCUCGGGGAGGAGGGGAGGUGGGCAAGAUGGCGCCCGACGAGUGAUUCACCCCAGAUACGUCCAGCGGCCGCUGAGACACCGGGGCGGGGGGUCCUGUCCCCACUGUCGCCCUUCCUCCUCUCCCCCGCCCCCGGAGACCCCCCUCCUAUCCUUCCUCCCUCUACCUCGGGGUGGGGGUGGGGGAGCGGGCCUGGUUCCCGGGACACCAUGUCGGACUCUGAGGAGGAGAGCCAGGACCGGCAACUGAAAAUCGUCGUGCUGGGGGACGGCACCUCCGGGAAGACCUCCUUAGCUACGUGUUUUGCUCAAGAAACUUUUGGGAAACAGUACAAACAAACUAUAGGACUGGAUUUCUUUUUGAGAAGGAUAACUUUGCCAGGAAACUUGAAUGUUACUCUUCAAGUUUGGGAUAUAGGAGGACAGACAAUAGGAGGCAAGAUGUUGGAUAAAUAUAUCUAUGGAGCACAGGGAAUCCUGUUGGUGUAUGAUGUUACGAAUUAUCAAAGCUUUGAGAAUUUGGAAGAUUGGUAUUCUGUGGUGAAGAAAGUGAGCGAGGAGUCAGAAACUCAGCCGCUGGUUGCCUUGGUAGGCAAUAAAAUUGAUUUGGAGCACAUGCGAACAGUAAAACCUGAUAAACAUUUACGGUUUUGCCAGGAAAAUGGUUUUAGUAGCCACUUUGUCUCAGCAAAGACAGGAGACUCUGUCUUCCUGUGUUUUCAGAAAGUUGCUGCUGAAAUCCUUGGAAUCAAGUUAAACAAAGCAGAAAUAGAACAGUCACAGAGAGUGGUGAAGGCAGAUAUUGUAAACUACAGCCAGGAGCCCCAGUCGAGAACGGCGAACCCUCCUAGGAGCUCUAUGUGUGCAGUGCAGUGAGCCGGCCGCCCUGUGCGCCUGUGGGCCCGGCGCCUCCGCGGCCUGUGUCCCCCUUGGCCGUCCCUGCUGUCCGGCCAGCGCUGUCCUCCCAGCUCCCUCCGCCGGCCGCAGGCCGCUCCCGGGCUCCUCGGGCUCCCGGCCUUCCGGACACGCGCUCGGAGUCCAAGAUGGAAAGCUCCUGUCUGGAAUCGGACUGCUCCACUGAAGAAGAGUAACGUUGUUUCUCUUUACGUUCUCCCUUCUUUGUCACCUGGUGUCAACCUUGUCAGACAAACCUGAGAACUGCACGAGUCAUGAUCAGCAGCCGUGACUUGGCCACAGCGCGGUUUCGGUCUCUUAUCGGAACUCCCACCUGGCAAAGUAGGCGUCAGAGUGCAAAUAUUUAAACAAGUAACGUAUUUUAUCUACAGGUACUUCAGAAGGCAUUCUUUUGCUGUCUCUUGUGAGUCAAAAUAUCUAAAGUUGUAUCCAACUGAAAAUGCUUGAAAUAAAGCUGUAAUAGAUAUAUAUUUUUCACUUUUUAAAAAAGGGCCUAAAUUGUUUAUAUAGUAGCUCUAGCUCACGACGUAGUGAGUAUUUGAUAUUGUAUUUUUAUUACUGUAUCAUGGUCCUGGUGUGUUGUGUGCCACUCAGGUUAGACGGCGGUAUGGAUUUGGAGAGCUGCCCGGCUGGUGCGCGUGCGCGGACCGGCCUGGCGGAAUGCGCCAGAGCCCUCCCGGAACGAGUCACGAUUGUCGUUGGAUCAUUGUGGGUCAGACUGUACCUGACGUUCAGAUGUUCUUCUCCUGCAAAUAAACUUAUUUCAGCUAC